AAGGAAGGAAUAACAUUCAGAUCUGAAUUGAUAGCUGCUGUUUGAGUAAUGCCAAACAAUUCAGUUUUGUUUAAAUUUUUUUAUUGACCUUCCUUUGUCUAUGUGAUCAUUUGCAUUAUGGACGUAAUUUAGCAAAACAUAAUAUGUGCAAAGGAGUAUAUAUAGAUCAUUAAUUGCAGUAAAAACAUCCGGAUCUUCGGCAUGUUUUGGAGGGCGUCGGUUCGGACGUGAAACGCGGCUGAGUUGAUGGCCUUUUUGAGGGUGCGCUGUCCGUGUCUUAAUGUGAAACGUACGCGCUGCGAUCUGGCAGGGAAACGAGGAAGUAGAAUCUCCACCACCUGCACAAGAAACAUGGCCACCAGGACAACGAGCCUGGAGCCCCUGACCACGCUCUCACGUUGGUACCUGUACGCCAUCCACGGAUAUUUCUGUGAGGUCAUGUUCACGGCAGCCUGGGAGUUUGUGGUUAACUGGAACUGGAAGUUCCCUGGCGUGACCAGUGUGUGGGCACUCUUCAUCUACGGCACAUGUAUCCUGACUGUGGAGCGCAUGUAUUUGUGGCUGCGGGGCCGCUGCCCAGUGCUUUUGCGGUGUGUCAUCUACACGCUCUGGACGUACCUGUGGGAGUUCGGGACAGGGUUUCUGCUGCGCCAGUUCAAUGCCUGUCCCUGGGACUACUCCCAGUUUCGGUACAAUUUCAUGGGCUUGAUCACAGCUGAGUAUGCCCUGCCCUGGUUCUGUGCUUCCUUCAUUAUGGAGCGGCUGGUCAUCCGGAACACAUUGAGGCUACGUUACGAUGAAACUGCAGAGCUAGAUGCUUUCAGCACUGCCCCCUACAGGUUGGGAGGACCAGUUACCAAUGGUUAUUUUAAAGUGGACUGAGGACAGUUACGGAUACAUUUCACCACUGAUAUUAUAGCUCCUGUAUGUUAACUGGAAAGACACUGAAAACUGAAGUCUGAGGGAUGUUUUCUAUUGGACCUCAGCUGCUCUAUGUUUUAGGGCAAGCAGACAGGCCAGUCUUAAGAGGCUGUCUGGGCUGGCCUGUGGAGGGAAAGGGAAUUCUUUGCGUUAAAUAGCCACUCAAUAUGACAGCGUGGCAUAAUUCCUCCUAUAGAUGGACUUUUGGGACAGAGGAAUGAAAGUGGUACAACUGUACAAUUGAUGAAUUAUUUUAUUUUCAUAGCCAAUAGAAGACCUUAUUUCUGAAAUUCAUUAACAUUGGCUACAUAGGAGGGUGGUGUGUGGUUCAGCGGAUUAGGGCGAUUUGCCUGCAAUCAGAAGGUCAUCCCAAAACAACACAAAUCCCAGCAUCAGCAGAGUGGUUACACCAUUGGGCCUUUGAGCAAGUCCAGGGAUUGUCUGCCCCUGCUUUCUCAAAAAAAUUGAUAAAAGUGUCUGCUAAAUAAAUAAAAUGUAUCAUUUAUUCAUUUAUUUUGAAGUUAUUACUAUGGUCUUUUUAUAUGUUUUUUCUAAGCCUGUGUAAUCUAUGCUCUGACCAGAAUAUUUGCUUUGGUGGCUUAAAAAAUGAAUUGACUCCCAAUUAGUGAAUUGGGAAAAUACAUGUAUCUCAGGAAUAAUCAAAAUAAAACUGUUUUUUCCUGCAGUGACUGUAGUGUAUUAAAAUCUGAACCCUUUCAAUCAGA